CAAAUUACAGUGUGGCUCAGAGCCUCGGAUCCAAAAACCUACCCACUGACUCACCCACCUUGGUUUUCCCACUUGUCCCCUAAAUUAUUUGUUAGCUAGCUGUAAAAGCCUGUGAACCCUUUUGUUGGUUAGAACAUUCGUGCAAGUUUGUGUUUCAUAAUCAAGAGGAGUUAGAGUUUGAAGUUUGUGUUAAUUGUUGUUGUUCUGCUUUGGAAUUUGAAACUCAAUGGAGAAGUAUGAGGUUGUGAAAGAUAUUGGGUCUGGGAAUUUUGGUGUAGCAAGGCUGGUCAGAGACAAGAAUACCCAAGAACUCUUAGCUGUUAAGUUCAUUGAGAGAGGCCUUAAGAUAGAUGAAAAUGUACUGAGGGAAAUCAUGAACCACAGAUCCUUGAAGCAUCCCAAUAUUGUUCAGUUCAAAGAGGUUUUGCUGACACCAACUCAUUUAGCCAUUGUGAUGGAGUAUGCUGCUGGAGGAGAACUCUAUGACAGAAUAGUCAAGGCUGUUAGGUUUAGUGAGAAUGAGGCAAGGUUUUUCUUCCAGCAAUUGAUAUCCGGAGUUAGUUACUGUCAUACCAUGCAAAUAUGUCAUAGAGACCUUAAGCUUGAAAAUACACUCUUAGAUGACAGUGCAGCACCUCGUGUGAAAAUAUGUGAUUUUGGAUACUCGAAGUCAUUACUGAGUUCUCUGCCAAAGUCUACUGUGGGAACACCUGCUUAUAUUGCACCUGAAGUUCUAUCUAAAAAACAAUAUGAUGGACAGAUUGCAGAUGUUUGGUCUUGUGGAGUCACAUUAUAUGUCAUGCUCGUCGGAGCAUAUCCCUUUGAAGAUCCUAAGGACCCUAUGAACUUUAGAAAAACAAUUCGGCGGAUCCUUACUGUACGCUACGUAAUCCCGGACAGUGUGCGAAUUUCUGUGGAAUGUAGACACCUUUUGUCUAAGAUUUUUGUUGCAAACCCGGAAAAGAGAAUAACAAUUCCAGAAAUUAAGACCCACCGUUGGUUUGCAAAGAACUUACCUCUGGAAAUGAAGGAAGGAGGAACUUGGGAGACUAAUGCUGUAAACACACCAUCCCAAAGCAUUGAAGAAGUUCAGUCCAUAAUAAAAGAGGCAAGAAAACCUUUGAAGGUCCCAACUGUCAGUAGGCAUUGCGUUGGAAGCAGCAUGGCCAUUGAUGAUGCUGAUGUUGAAGGUACAUAAACGAGUGGUGAUUUUUGUAUCCGAAGUAUGAGCUGUUAGAGUGUACAUAUGAUGCAAACCAUACUUUGCCCUGUGAAAGUGCUCUAAUGCAUGGCUCUUUAUGAAUCUACCAUUUUGUGUUGCUGUAAAAGCACACAUGUUAAACUCCUUUGCUGAAAAUAGCAAAAGUAUUUCUUGCUUUUCAAAUCUCAAAUUAUAUAUAUGCCGUUAAUGUCAA